GUCACACAGUGAUGCUGUCAUGUUAUCCUGUCCAUAGCUGACUCCCACAGAAUUUGAACAGAAUGGUUAAAGCAUUUUUGGUAUUUAUAACUAUUGUCAAACUCUGCACCAACAAUCAUGUUACUGGAUUUCGCAAAGAAGUCUGUUGCAAAACUGAGUGGUUUGACCGUGAUGACCCAUCAGGAAAUGGAGAUUAUGAACUCCUCGCCGAUCUGCAAAAGGAAAAUCCUGGCCGCAUCUGCACUAAACCAAUUGCCUGUGAGGUAGAAACCACAAAAGGGGUUCCGGCCUCACAGACUGGAGAGAACUUCGCCAGUUGCAACGCUUCUACUGGGUUCUUUUGUGUGAACAAAAACCAACGUGAUGGCUCAUGUCAAGAUUACAGAAUACGAUUCCACUGCCCUGAUUCAUAUUGUGAGUAUGAUGCAAUUGUAAAACUUAUUUUGUUAAUAUUAGCUCCAGAAGAAGAUUAUGACACUGACAUAAUUGCAGCUCACCUAUUACUCAGCCAUCUUCUUCCGGUCCCUAUAUUUGGUGAUUUUCUUAAUUUCUAA